UGUCGGACUGUUCGAAACUUUGCAAUCAUUUUUAACCUUUUCUUUCCAUUAGCGACAACUAAAGUUUGUCUCACGUUUUUUUCGUUGUAUUAUUUUGAAUAUCGACGACAAUUAGUAUUUAACAUAGCCUGGAGUAGUGAGAUGUCGUUUGCGGAUGAAUUGAAGGCACUGGCCUUAACGGCGCCACGAGAAAGAGAUAUCGAAGAUGUGCUUAAUGAAGAGAGUGCAGCGAAAGUUACGUCUGCGUCAACGGAUUAUGAGUUGCUCCCAUUCCGAACAAAUACAACUCUUCUUAAUGAACCCAUAUAUAGAGGGCGUGUCGUCUCUCGAAAAGAGAUGAUGCUCGAAGAUGAAAAGUUUCCUGAUGAACGGUUCGAACUUGAUCCUGACCUUUAUGACAUACAAGGAGAAGACGACAAAAAUGAUACACAGGAGAGCGAUUCGGACGAGCUGGAUGAUACUGGUGAGGAAGCCGAACAGUCCUUCGACGAGAAGGGCUCAAAUAGUAGUGGGGUUGAAGAACUAAAUGAAGAUGCCGUUGAGGCUGGUAAAACUCACUCACAGCAUGAAAAGCGAAAAGAAACAAGCAACGAUAAAAAGUAUAACAGCACAGAUUAUAACUUAAGCGAAGAUAGUGAAAGUGAUAAGGACGAUAACGUGACGGACUGUGAUUCUUCACAGUCUAUGAAUCGCAAGACAAUGCAUUUUACUGGCAAAAUAAAGUUUGACGCUGCAGGUGACAAAUUCAAACACUUGAAGGAAUCAAUGGAAAGAGAGUACUCUGCUUCGGAAGAUUUUUCGGAAGAUGUUCAGAAGGGUCGUUGUAUUGGGCAUCAGCUAAAAGUGUGGGAUAGAUUGCUUGAGCAUCGGAUACAGUUUCAGCGCAUUUUAGCGUUGUCCAAUCAGUUGCCACCAUUUCAUGUAUUUAAGAAUGUAACGAAGGAAUUUUUCGCCGAUUCCGACAAUAAUCGCUUGUAUCGUCAAACCAUUAAAAACGCCGAAAAGGCGUUCGGACAGCUUAUCGCUAUUCGACAGCAACUUCUAGAGAUGUUCCCUGAAGUUAAAAAGUCACUUGAACAUAGGAAAUCAAAUGAUUCCAAUGUCGAUGAAAAUGAUGACGUAAUGUCCAGCAAUAACGAAGAAAAUCCAAGCGACAUCGUAUCGGCAUACAGCGAUGGAGAGCAGAAUAGUCGGAUGCACCAAUCUCUCGCCAGCAAACGUUUGUGGAAGGACGAUGCCAGUGAACGUGAAAUAAAAAAUACUGAAUUGGCGUCGAAUAAGAAAAUGCGCACUGAUAGCUCAAUCUCGUUGGCUCCUGAAGAGUUUCAUCGAAAUUUCUUAAAUUUUAGAAACACAACGAUCGAAAAAUGGUACCAGCGAACAAAGUUGGGUUCAGCCGUUAAAGGAAAGAAAGCUGGUUAUACGGCCUUAGAACAAGCCCCACUCAAACAAAUUGAGCACAUUUUAGCUGAACAGGAUAGGCUACUGCAGCGCACACGCAUCAAACGAAGUCAAUACAGUAUCGUCGGUUUACCAAAUUUAAAACAGCAAGCUCCCAGUAUUGUCGGUGAAGGCUUUGCCAAAGAAAUCCUGCCGGAAAUCUUUGACGACGAUGACUUUUAUCAUCAUCUUCUUCGAGAAGUCAUUGAGCGGAAGACGCAAAAUGUAUCGGAUCCAUUUGAAAUUUCACGACACUGGAUCGAAAUUCAAAAGCUACGCUCAAAGAUCAAGCGACGUGUGGAUACUAAGGCUAGCAAAGGAAGACGAAUCCGUUAUGAUGUAAUUCCAAAGCUAGUUAGUUUUAUGACUCCGCACGAUGCAACAACAUUCAACGAACAGGCCAGAAACGAUCUGUUCGCAAGUAUAUUUGGGAAGCGUUCGAUGAGCUGCUCGUCUGAACCGCGCGCGAAUAUCACCAAAAAUGACAUGGCUGGAUUUAAAUUAUUUAGUUAAAUUUGUUUAAAUAAAUCGCUUAGUAGAUACAUGCUUCAUUCAGUCCAUGAGUUAAUGUCUCCCAUCUUUUGAUAGGUGUUACAUGGGUACAGUUCUAUAAGAAUUUUCCGCAUGUUUCUGUAUCGUAAAACUGGGCUACUGCACUGUUUUGUUUUAUGGGCUUCAUUUUCUCUUGCACGCAGACUCUUACAACCAGAAUUUUUUGCUCACAGCUGAUCCUGCCAAAAAAAUUGAAAGUGCGACGAGAAAAAGGUCACAGAUUUUCAAAAUUUAUUUAUAGUCUAAUAUUGAGGGCAAUAUAGAGGUAGGGGUUUUAGCUAUUUCUUUUUUCUACAUAUUCUGCGAUCUAUUUCUUGGGAUGUCAAAUUACUGCAAUGUGAGGAUGUAGCCUGUGCUCUAAAACGAGAAAUUGUGAGCCAUAGAUAAGGCCAUAAUAAAAGAAUGUCUUGUCCCGGGA